UAAAGAAAGUUGCUUUGCGCUCACUUAGUUUGCGAUUAGUUUCGACUAGGUUCACUUUACAAUACCUUGAGAAUUGUUGUUCAUUUUGUAACUUACUGAAAAAGGAUUCCAAAAUAGGUCUUGAUUUUAAAUUAUUAGAUAUUAAAUAUCUGGUCAGUAAAAUUAAGCAAUGGGUAAAAAGAAGGAAGAAGAAAGUCUGAUUGAAUCGGCGCAGAAAAAUCUGCGCGGUUUCAUGCGGUUCCUUUAUAACAAGGAAGAAAAAUCAAUUUUGGGCAGAAAUUCUGCCAGUUGGGGUCGUAUCCUGAUUUUCUACAUGUUCUACUACGCCUUCCUUGCUGCUCUAUUCGCCAUCUCAAUGACCAUCGUACUUGGAACACUCGAUCCAGAUGUACCAAGAUUCCAAACCCGACUUCAAGCACCAGGUAUUUCCGUUCAACCGAAAUUAAACACAAAAACCGAACGAACAUCUGAAAUUAUUUUCAAGCAAUCCGAUGCCGGGUCCUACCAGAAAUACGUGGACACUUUGACCGAUUUUUUGGCACCUUACAGCAAAGCGAAACAAGUCGAUCUUACCGACUGCCCUCUCAACGGCUCGGUGAAAAUGAACCAAGCCUAUUCCAAGGACUCCCCGCCUCCUGUCUGUAAGUUUGACAUCGACAACCUUGGUCCUUGCAAACAACCUCCAUACGGCUACGAUAAAGGACAACCCUGUAUCCUGGUGAAAGUGAACAGAAUCAUCAAUUGGUUCCCUGUCGGUUACACUGACAUCUCGAAGGCUGUUGGUAACGCUGAUUCCAACGCACCGCCAUUGAAGGACGUCCUCAUGGCAAGGAACCGACCUUACAACCCGAAACGAUUGUACAUCUCAUGUUAUGACGCGACAAGUGGAAACCAAACCAAUCUAAACACUGCAGCUGGUGUGAGUGCAAACACCGUCUACUACCCAGAAGACAACGGCAUGCCAUUCACAUAUUAUCCAUAUUAUGGUCUUAAUCUGCAACCUGAAUAUCGUUCACCGUUGGUUGCUGUGCAGUUUAUGAACGUCAAGAGGAACGUUGAGGUUCGAGUCCGUUGUAAGGCGUAUGCUUUGAACAUUGUGGACAGCAAACGUAUGAGUACAGGAUAUUUCACCUUUACACUGCAAGUCAAUGAAUAAAAUGAAAACACAAGGAAUAUUUCGCUGAUUAAUUGGCGAUCACACGUUUUCUUCAUAAAACAUAAUUGUUGUUAUAUAGUAGGGUGGGGGAAGAUGGGAAACCUUUGUAUUCUAUUUUCUCGUCCCAUAUGAAAGUAACCGAAGAACAGUCAAAAAAUUAUAAAAACGUAUCGACUCCCAUAGACCGUUGUUGGUUGUUUAAAACGAGAUCAGGAUAUUUGGAAAUUCUGUGCCAAAGGUGUCCCAUCUUUCCCACCCUACUAUAUAUUUGGUAACUUUUAAAAACAUGAGUAAUUUUAAGUGACUGUCGAAGCUGUUUGCCAUUGUAGGAAAUUACACUUUACUGCAAUUGUAAUAAAUUCACUUACAACGAA